UCUAAGGAAGCCGUGAGUAGCGUUUCCUUUUGUCGCUUUAGCACAGGGAUCACACGAUGAAGCCCACAGCCCACUUGCCCACAGCAGCCGGCCCGGGCCGCAACGGAGGAACGCCAGGGCGGCCAGUCGCAUCGCAAGUAGUUGGAGCGAAGCUUGAGGACUCGCCUGUCAAGCUGGACCGUCCGGCGGCAGAGAAGCUGGUGCUGGAGAGCAUGCUCCGCAGCAAUGUUGACGUGAGGAAGGAGCUCCUUACCAAAACUUACGCCGAGACGUCACCCAAGAAGAAAAUGCUCGAUGAUGUAGAGGUAAGACAGGCCAGAGAAGCGCUGCAGAGGGCUAAGAGAGGCUGCAGUGUGCGCAUGCCUCUGGCCGCUCCCUUAUGUGCAUCUGCAGAAGACUCUGGUAUCGAUAUUUCACUUUUAUUCGAGCGAAGGAGGGUCCAAUGUGCUGGCGAACCGCACUCUCAAGUCCUCAAAGCUGCAGCGGAUGGCCAUCGACUCCUGUCUCUUCAACGAGUCCCUCACGCCGGCCAAACUGGACCUCCUCUUCACCAAAGUCACCGGCAAACAGCCAAAGGUAAUGCAUGUAGCCAAGGGAGUGUGGGUACGGUCGGUAGGUGGUGCUUUUGUUGCUGUGUGGGGUGGUGCAGAUGAGCCUUCGUCAGUUUCUGGACGUUAUGGUUCUGGCGGCCAAUGUCAAGUACGGGACCUCCCUCCAAGCCCCCGCGGCUCUGGUCAGUACGUGCGUCUCCUGCUGCAAUUGUGGAUUCCUUUGCUGUGGGCUGAUGGGCUGCUGCUAUCUGUGUGUGCAGAUGAAGUUGUAUGAGGAGCAUCUGUCGUCCUUCUGUGCUGAUCCCCUCGCCCCUCCCCCAGGCAAUCGUGCUAUGUAUACACCAGGACGGAGCAUAUGUGUUGUUGCGCUUGUCUGUGCAGUUGACGGCGAAUGGGUGUCGAUGCUCAAGACGGUGGCUCCGCUGCUCGAGCGCUUCUUCCGAGGAUACUUCCCCUCAUGUGCGUGUAUGUUUGGCGUAUCUCUCGGCCCGAAAAUUAACGCGUCGCUGUUUUCCUUGUUGGUUGUUUGUCAGGGGUUGCGUUGGCGGCUUCCACACUGGAGGCACAGCAGAUGAAGGCAUGGAGCAGCUUCCUCACCGACUUCGAAAUCACUCCCGCACUCAUCGGAAAACCGCAGGUGCACCAAGCGCCGAUUGAGACACGAAACUACAUCAACAUGACAUGACGUCGCCUUUGUCUGUCUGUAGGCCUAUGCCGCCCUUCGCGAGUCGCUGGCAUACCCGCCGCACCCAUCGCUGCUGCCGCUGACCACCCACGCCUCCCAGCCGGCAGCCGACGCCAAGAGCGGGCAGAUGACAUUCCCUCACUUUCUGAUGGGUCUGCUGCACAUCGCUCGCAAGCUGUCCCCGCAGGACAGCGACACCCUGGCGUUCGUGCGCCUGCUGGCGGCCAUGGACACCUCCAAGGGAUGGGUCGUCUUCUUCAACACCACCGGCAAUCUCCCCGUGGCCGCCAAGCACCCAGGAGCGGAAGCUGCGGGCCCCACCAGCAGGUUCGGGAAGUUGCUGCCGGCCGCUCUGCUGCGCGAGGCAGGUAUGCAUACUUACCUUUAUGCUCUCUUCCAUCCACCCGUCAUGGAUGACACGAGAGCUGAACUAUUUUGAUGUAAACCGUUAUAAACAGGUAUACUGAAGACACCUGUGGUUGAGAAGGGCAGCAGUGCGUCGAAUAAUGGUGGCGGUGGGGUGGCGAGGGGGGAUGAGAGAGGGGGCAGGGGUGUGGGUGUGGGGGAGGGUCGACGUCGCGGUGGGAGGGAGGAGGGAGUGGUGUUUGACGAGCCCAUGACGGACGAGCAGCUGCUGUUGUCCAAGCGGCUCUUCCUCUACUACACCUCUGUCGGAGGUACAUAUAUAGACAGACCGACAGACAGACAGACAGACAGACAGGGUGUUGUCUGUCUGUCUAUGUCUCCUCCCUCCCUCACUGCAUGUGCUGCAGAUCCCCUGAACCGCACUCACCUCUCAUCCGCCAAGUUCGCCCGCUUCCUCCGUGAGACGGGCAUUGUGGCCUCACGCCCCUCCCUGCAGCAGACCAAACUCACAGAACUGACCAACGACACCACCAACCAAGAUGGCAGCAACAUCCGCCCCCUGCCCCUCCGCGUGCUGCCCGCCCCGGCCCUCACCCAGGUGCAGGCCGACCUGCUCUUCGUGCGACACACCAAGGCCGCCACCACACUGCCCAAGACGGGGCUGAGUGCCGUGCCGUCGCAGGGAGACAAGGGCGACGAUGAGAGGAGGUCUGGGGUGGGGGCUGGGAUGGUGCGCAGCACAAGGCAUCACAUGGAGCUGCACCAGUGGUUAAAGGUCGAUGAGAAAAGGACACAUACAAUACACUCGCCUUAGCCAAAAACGUCCAUGUCUCGCUUUUGUGUGUGUUUCCAGGCGUUGAAGGAGUUGUCUCGCGAGGUGCAUGCGGCGAUGGAGAGCGAGAACCCCUCACCCAUGGACUCCCUCACCACUCACAUCCUCAAACCCCUGUGCGACGCAACCGUCGCCAAGGACCAUACCGCCGAGACAGCGGAGGUCAAGGCCAUCAACACCGACCCCCUCGUGAAGGAGCUGCUCGCAUCCAUCCGCCCCCGCGUGAAGCAGCUCUUCACCCACUACGCACGGGGCGGCCACUCCCUGCCCCUGUCGGGCUUCCAGCAGCUGUGUGCCGACUUCGACGUGUCGGAGCUGCUGGCCCCAGUGACCAUCCAGCGCACAUACUGGAGUGCUGUCUCGGCCGGCAACGAGGAGGACAGGAAGAUCGAGGCCAAUGAGAUGAGCUUCACGGCCUUCCAGCUUGCCGUGGUCACCCUGGCCAGCAAGGCCCCUGUGCCGGAGUUCACCGAUAGCGAGAAGAGCCAGUGUGUGAGUGCGGCGCACGAGCACUUCAAGAUUGCCCCUCAUCUCGCCCCCGCUGCAUACGCCUCCGAGACAUACAUAUCCCUGCUGUUCUUCCUGUCGCGUCUCAACGCGUCGAGUGCGGCCGCGCGCUUCCUGCCUCCCCCUCUGCCGACAGCCGCACCCGAAACUACCUGGACAGUGCUGCGGGAAGGUGCGCACGCGACAACACAAGUCACAACACCACAGGUUGUAGACAUGUCUCUUCUUCUGUGUCCAUGUCUUGCUGUCUGUUCGGCAGUGAUCGAGGGCAAGCCCGGCCAGACGAACGGCACGACACCCACGCCAAAGGCGGCCACAGGUGCAGGGACCCUCUUCGCGCUGCCCCCGCUGCCACUGGCCAUGGCUCCCCACGGCACACACUCACGCACACGGACGACAGCGAGGCGCACCAUAGCCAUUCACCAUGGGGGGACGGUGGGGGUGGGUGCGAGGGCGGGCGCCGGUGCGGCAGGGCCAGCUGCGGAUAGGGCCGCCGAGGAAGGAGACAAGAAGGGCAGCGGUGUGGUGGUGGGCGGCUGGUCGGAUAUCAAGGCCGCCCUGGAGGAGCUCGAAUGAGCAUAACACAGAUAGAUGAAAUGAUAAGAGACAGACAGACAGGCAGGCAGGACUGAGUGGGGCGGUCGAUGAUAUUGAUAUGUAUAAUGGUGACGGCCUUUUCUAAUCUCAAGGUGGACGUGGCGGAAAGAGUAGGGAGCCAUGGGAUGGGCGGUGGGUCAGUGGGCCUCUUUCUUUUUACUCUAAGCUUUGUUUUGUUUUAUUUUCCCAACCUUGCAGGAAGAUACAAACAAGGAGAGAGCGAUGGAAUGCAGGAUACGGAAACGAUCGCUGACGGACAGUGGCACACACACACAUAAUGAAUGAUGCAUGAUCGCGCUUCAAGUAGUGGAUCGGA